AUGAGAAAGAUCAAAGGGUCAUGUUUCCACUUGCCACUGAGAUCAGCCAGCCCCCACCACAGAGACAAAGGCAGGGAGCUGAAUACAGAUGCACUGACUCCAAAUGUGCAGGUACAGAUCUUGCUCCUGCUCCCUGCGGCCUUUCUCCUGCCUCCUGGGGCUUGGGCUGGUGAGAUCAUCGGGGGCCGGGAAGCCCAGCCCCACUCCAGACCCUACAUGGCCUAUCUGGAUAUACAACGCGGAAACAAGAAUUACAGCUGUGGAGGGUUCCUGGUGGUGGAGAACUUCGUGCUGACGGCCGCUCACUGCAAUGGAGACAAGAUCACUGUCACACUGGGAGCCCAUAUCAUUAGAGAACACAGACAACAGACAAUCUCCAUGCGCCACCGGAUCCCCCACCCACAAUACAACAAUGAGACCUGUAACAAUGACAUCAUGCUGCUGCAGCUGUCACAGAGCGCAGUGCUGAAUAACUGGGUGCAGCUCAUCCCCCUGCAAAAGACCAACUCUAGGGUAAUGCCAGGAUCCAUGUGCAGUGUGGCCGGGUGGGGUUGGACUGGUCAGAACUCAAACACUGACACCUUCUGUGAGGUGGACGUUGAGGUCAUGAGGGACAACAUGUGUGAGCUGUAUCCUGGAUACAACCCCUCAAGGAUGCCGUGUGUGGUGAAUCCCACCCUGGGGAAAUUACCUAAUCAGGGUGACUCUGGUGGCCCCUUGGUAUGUGAGGGAGUGACCCAGGGCAUCACUUUGUAUGUUGAUGGGAAUUUCUACCACCCCAGCAUGUUCACAAGACUCUCCACCUUCAUCCCCUGGAUCCAGAACAUUCUGCAGAAAGAGCAGUAA